AUGUUGACACGAAGAAGAGCAGCACGCCUUCCAUCCCCGGGCUCGUCGCCGAGCUCCGCCUCGCAGCUGCCGCCGGGCCGAGGUCCAGCGCCGGCAGUUGCAGUCGCGUCGAGCUCCAGCGACGAGUACUACUCCCCGCCGACGUCGCCAACACCUGUACGUCGGCCGGGGAGGCGCCGGCCGCCGAGCAGCUUGGCGCCCUCAGGCCAACCGGCCUCGAACAGGGCUCCCGCUCCCGGUGGUGUAGUGCAGCGCAUGAAGUGGACUCGACCCAUGAACGAGAAUGUCAUGCGCGCCUACUAUGGGGCGACAGGGGGAGGAACUAACCUCACUGCGUACCGUGCCAGAAUGCUCUCUCUGUUUCGGGCCCUUGAACCGGACGUCGACGUAUCGGCACAACGUUUGUCGGAUCAAGUGCGAGUUAUCCAACGUUAUCACAGGUUGGAUGACGCGACGCUUGAUCGAUUGCGCUCUGAAGUGCAGACUAGCCCUGUCGUCGUUACCCCGUCAAUAGCGGAAGCGCCAGCUGCAAGCGCGCUGCCUGCCAACCCUGCUGACGGGGGAGAUGAUGACGGUGCUAUAACUGUAAGUACCCAGUGCAGUGAUCAUAUAAGGAGUACAUUGGAACAGGCGGUUCUGGAGUAUCGGUCAACACCCCGGGACCAGAGACCGCGACUACCUCGCUUGCCCAUGCACAACCGAAACAAGGCGCUAAUGGGUGUCCUGGAUUCGCUGCUAUCCAGUUAUUUUGGGAACAGCGAAGACCUCGGUGACACGCACUCGCUUCUGUACUGUGCGGCUGUUGCGGCGUGUCGUGUAGCUGGUGUUACCUUUCGAGAUAACACAGCUGCACGGCCUAAGCAAGCGGCACCAGCCUGGCAGUGCAGGAUUGAGAAGCGUGUUGCUGAGGCCAGGACACUCAUAGCCAAACUUGAUGCGUUUCGGGGCGGAAACACUCGCCCUAGGGUCAUGCGUUUUGUAAAGCGGGCGUUUGCUGGGACUAAUAUUAGCCCCAGCGAAUACACCGCCCGAGUUACAGAACGCAUUGACUUUUUUAAGCAAAAGGAGCGCGAGCGCAGCGAUGCGUUGGCGCAGAUAUCAGCUGUCGACCUUGGAGCAGUCGAUGACCGGCACUCUUGUGACGUAUUCCUCGCUCCCCGCAAACCGCACCUCAGGAACUGGCGAGUCGUGUGA